GGUCAAUGACAGCAAAACGAAAAUCUGCAGUAUCGUUGCGAUGUCAAUGUUUGGUUUAACUGUCAAAAUUGUAUUCUGCCUGCAAACACAGCGGUAUAAAAUAUAUAUACUGUGUGUGAAAGACUUUUUGGAAUCGUAAAAAUGAUGCAUUCGCAAAAGUGGAAACGGCUGUAGAAUUUCGUAUCAAAAAUUACACAAAAAACAAUUAAUUUAUAUUGUAGAUAGGGGUUAGAAAGCAUUUCAAGUGAUUUUCGUUGGAAAACUUUUUGUAUUUUACGGUGGAAAUGAUAGAAGAAUGGCUGAGACAUCAAAACGAACGACAAACAAUAGUGCAAGCAAAAGCCGAAAAUCCAAAAACGAUAUUAUAAGAUCGACAUUAGGAACGUAUUUAAAGCAGAAAAACUAUUCGAUGAAUGAAAAAUUUCGGAAAUCGGACUUAGCUCUGACACAAACCAUGGAUCAAUACGAUGUUAUGAUGAUGAUGGACGAUGAUGUUGCUAAAGUGAAUUCGAUUUUGUAUUCGAAUGUGUUAUGCCUAAGCAAUAAUCAAUCAACGGUUGAGCUUCAGUUUUCCAAAUUCCAUAAAUUUAUUCAAUCACAAACAGUACCUGCGGUGAAAGCUGAAUUGCAAACGUUAUUAUGGCCGUUGCUGUGCCAUAUUUAUAUAGAAAUGAUUAAGGGCCGAGACUCACGACCGGCUGCUGAAUUUCUACGGAAAUAUGCACAUCUCAUUGGUCCAGUAGAUAAUUUAUACAGUCCGGUUGUGAGUGAAGUGAAUGGUCAACCGCAUGCAAACCAAACCCAAACCGAACAACAACAACAGCAGCAGCAACAACAGCAACCAGACUCACAACACAAAGAUAUCACUAGUCCUCCACCAACGUCAUCAACCACACAGAUUAUAUUCGCCAGCGAAGAUGCCAACGAUACGAUGCGAACAAAAUCAUCGGCGACCGCUCGUAAAAGUGAUAUUGAACUGAAUUCCAAUGAUAUUAGCGACUAUUUUAAGGAGUUAGUCAGCUCAUUGUCACUGUGCCUUCGUAUCGAUGAAAUCAGUUCGAUUGACAUUGCGCGAAAUUUUCGCUCAGCCAAAUAUGAAAUGGUUCUAUCCCUCCAGGCGUUGUACGCCAUGAAACAUUUUUUAGCAAAAAGUGGCCACGUUAUCAUUUUGCACAUUCUGCAAAACUGGUUUUCGCUGGAAAUUCGCGAGUAUCUCAAUGAAUUGGAGCACGACAGCGAUGAAGAUAUGGAUGAUAUUAAUGACAUUGACACAAAUGAUGUAUCAAACAAUGGUAUUGAGAAUAAUGGAAGCGAUCUACAUGCGCAUAGCGACGGCGAAGAGUUCGAUUUCCGUGACACAAAUUGUCGAUUAAAUAAUUCGCAUAGCGAAAUUAGGAAUCUGAUUGCUAAAGUUGAAUCAGAAAUUAGGACGGUGAAUGGAAUGAAUAAAUCGAUAUCAAGUUUAAGCGGUGAUACGAGCACAGCGAAUCGAGCCGAUUCGUUUCCAACAUCAUCGUUAGCCGAUUGCCUUCCAUCGGUUGCGCCCGAUCGGAAAAGCUUUAGCGUAGUACAAAAUAAAUAUUUACAAAAUAUCCGAGCGUCGGUGAUUCGAUCGCGCAAGCUGGAGCUGCCGAUGCGAGUGUUCAAUGUGCUCAAUGCCGAUCAUCAGCUCAGUUGUUGCGAUAUGGACAAAGAUGAAUGCCAUUUGGUGUGCGGUUUCGAUGAAUCUACAAUCAAAUUGUGGCAAUUAAAUCAAAGUAAAAUGCGCGGUAGAAAACCAUUCAGUCCAUUCUCGAACCGAUUGUGCGACUGGUGCCUCGAGAAUUGUGAAACAUCAUCGUCAUCAUCAUCGGAUAUUGACAGUGACGACGAUACAUCGAACGUACAACGAAGAAAACGAACACCGGUCAUGGGUUUGUUUGCUCGACAAAGAACGAAGUCACCAUGCAUGGAUGGUAUGGGGGCCACUGGAUCGCGUCGGAAAAGCAAAAGGAAACAAAGGCAGGAAUUCAUGCAGCAACGACAUGAGGAUAACAUUUUUGCGGAUGGUGGUGUUGUUGCAUUGCGUGGUCAUAACAAGGGUGUGACGGAUAUUCUGUUUUCGAGAUACAAUCCACUCAUUUUUAGCGUAUCGAAAGACAAUACGAUGCGAGCGUGGAAAGCGGUCGACUAUCGUUGCGGCGCCGUCUAUCGUGGUCACAAUUACCCAAUUUGGUGUUUAGCCGAGAGUUCAACGGGACUGUAUUUAGCCACCGGAUCAAGAGAUUUAACAGCCAGGUUAUGGAGUACGGAUCGAGAGCAUCCGCUUCAAACAUAUGUAGGACAUACACAGGAUGUGGACGCGAUCGCAUUUCAUCCGAACGGGAAUUAUAUUGCGACUGGUUCGACGGAUUUAACGGUUCGUUUGUGGGAUGUAACGAGUGGGAAACUGUUACGGGUUUUCAUCGAUUGCCACUUACCAGUGCACUGUGUUAGCUUUAGUCCAGAUGGCCGAUAUUUGGCAGCUGGUGGCGAAGAAUCGAAAAUUCGUAUAUUCGAUUUGGCCGCCGGUUCACAACUUAACGAACUCAAGGAUCAUUCGGCCGAUGUAAAUAAUAUUGUAUGGAAUUCAAGCAGCUCAAAAUUGGCAUCCUGCUGUGCCGAUGGCUCCGUACGCGUUUACUCAGUCAACAAAAUUGCACAAAGCUCUUCCAAUUCAAGUUCACAAACCCCAACGGCUAGCACAUCAACAUCAACGUCAUCAAAUAGUAAUAGUAAUAAAUUAUUGAUCUCAAAUGAUACGGGUUGCAAGCGAGCGCUCAAAGUAUUUUUUAACUUUGACGAUACGAUUUCGUGCAUCGGAAGUUCUUGAAACUCGCAAACGUGUACCAUCAACAUUUUGUUCAAACAUCGAAAUUCAUUUCAACAAACACAAACGAAUCAAUAAAUUCAAAUUAGAAAACAAA